AUGACCCAGGCUAAAUACUUUGAAGUUAGACAUCACCUUCUCUAUAAAAAGAAUAAAAGGAACCCUGACAGGCCACUUAGAGUUAUAAAAUGGACAGAAGUUGAACCGGUAUUAUAUAUGAUGCAUAAGCACCCCACUGCUGGACAUUUGGGAACUGACGCUAUGUAUUAUAAAAUAUCUGACCGCUAUUAUUGGGAUCAAAUGUAUAGAGAUAUACAAGAAUAUGUGAAGACUUGUGAGGAAUGCCAAAGAAGACAAAAAGGUCAUAGAAAAGAACCUUUACACCCUAUACAAAUAGGAAGAGCUUUCGAACGUGUUGGAAUUGACCUUGUAGGCCCUUUGCCUAUAACUAAACAAAACAAUCGAUAUAUUAUUGUCGCUACCAAAUACCUGACACGAUGGCCAGAAGCUCGUGCUGUUCCAGAUGCUAGUGCUAAUACACUCGCUCAGUUUAUCUUUGAAGAGAUAAUCUGUAGACAUGGAACUCCAAAAAUUAUCUUAUCAGACCAAGGUCGCAAUUUUAUUAGCGAAACUAUUAGAAUUCUCUGCGAGAAAUUUCUUAUCAAGCACAAAUUCUCUUCGCCCUACCACCCUCAGACAAAUGGGAUGGUGGAAAGAUUUAAUAGAACAUUGUGUGAAUCACUUGCAAAAGUGAAAGGAGAUGAUGAUUGGGAUUUGCAUAUACCUGCUGUUCUCUUAGCAUAUAGAACAAAAAGACAUGCUACCACAGGAUAUACUCCCUUUCAACUUAUAUAUGGAAGAUAUGCUACCUUACCAAUCGAAGCACUUUUUCCCGUAGAAUCUAUAGAAAUUGAUGAUGAAAUAGACUUACAAGGAAGUAUUCUACAACGUGCUUAUGAUUUAAUAGAAAAAUUACCAAACUACCAGAAUCAGGCAAGACAAAAUACUGAACGAUCACAGCAAAAACAAAAAGGCC